AUGAUCCAGAUGCCAUGUGCCGAGUUCAGUGAGAGCGACAACAACGAUACGGAGGAGCUGAAAGAAGCCAUCAAGAGCGGUGACAAAGAGACAGUGGCAGAUCUCUUGGAUUCCAAGGCAGAUCUUCAACAUUGCUACGCCAACGGAAUCACUCCGUUGCAUCUCGCUGUGGUUCAUGAGCAGUUGGAAGUUGUAAAGCUCUUGAUGCUGCGUGGAGCGGAUCCUAUGGCCCGAACCACUGACGAGUGCCG